AUGUAUCGCCUCAAAAUGAAAGUCUUCACAGCUUUGGCUGCGUGGACCGUCACUUCCGCGUGCCUCAACGUUCCUGUUGCCCGCCAACUUCUCGGGGGCAUCUGCGCGAGAGAUACCGCCGACCUGGGAGAGAGGCUAUCCCCCACCGCCAAAAUCUACCAGCCAGGUACCGCGGAGUUUAUUACGGCCUCGACUCGGUGGUCCAACCUUAAUGCACCCAAACCCAAUCUUGUCGUUGUCCCUGGCACCGAGAAUGAUGUUGUUGAGACUGUCAAAUUCGCCAACGAGAAGAGCCUACCCUUCCUCGCAUACAAUGGCAUGCAUGGCGCUAUCACAACGCUCGGUAAAAUGGAGAGCGGUGUCGAGAUCUACAUCAACCAGUUGAGCGGCGUCGAGGUUGCAUCAGAUGGGAAGACAGCCAAGAUUGGUGGUGGCACCAGAUCCAAGCUUGUCACUGACACGCUCUGGGAGGCUGGGAAGCAGACGGUGACAGGUACGUGUGAAUGCGUCAGCGCUCUCGGUCCAUCGCUAGGAGGUGGACACGGGUGGUUGCAGGGCCAUCACGGCCUCGUGGCCGAUCAAUUUCUUUCCAUGAACAUUGUGCUGGCCGAUGGAACCCUGCGGACCAUCAACGAGACCUCUGACCUCUGGUGGGCCGUCAAGGGCGCCGGCCACAACUUUGGCAUUGUGACCUCGGUCGACGUCAAGAUUUACGACAUUGAGCACCGUGAUUGGGCGGUGGAGACUCUCAUCUUCAGCGGUGACAAGGUCGAAGAAGUCUACCAAACUGUCAACGACCAUCUCCUCAAGAACGGUACUCAGGCCGUCGACGUUAUCAACUGGUCCUACUGGCUCAAUAACCCUGACGCAGACCCCGAAAACAAGCCUAUCAUCUUGUUCUGGAUUCUUCAGGAAGGUGUCACCACCGUCGACCCGGUUUACACAGAGCCUUUCCGCGACAUUGGCCCUAUUUCCUCAACCCCCGGUGCCGGAACUUACCUCGACCUGGCUGCGUGGACCGGUAUAGCGCUCGAUUCGCCUCCUUGCCAGAAGGCUGGUCUGAACAACCCUCGUUUCCCCAUCUACGUUGAGUCGUACAACGUCGAGGCCCAGCGCAAGGCUUACGACCUGUUCGCAUCCUCCGUCAAGGGCGCCUCCCCAUUCAGCAACUCGCUCUUCAUGUUCGAGGGAUACUCGGCUCAGGGCGUGAAAGCGGUUGAGAGCGAUUCAACGGCAUUUGCUUACCGCGGCGAUAACCUGCUCUUCGCUCCUCUCAUCACCUACACCCCUGGCGGAGCGGAACUCGACCAGCAGGCCGCCAUACUGGGCAACCAGCUCCGGGACAUUAUUCAUGAGGGCAGCGGACGCUCGGAGAAACAUGUCUAUCUGAACUACGCCUUUGGUGACGAGUCACCAAAAGAGUGGUACGGCAGUGAGCAAUGGCGACAGGACCGCCUCAAGGCUUUGAAGGCGAAGUACGACCCCAAUGGCAGGUUCAGCUUCUACGGCCCCAUCGCUUAA